AUGACGGCCACCAAAGACGCCGUUCCCACCCUGGCUCCGGGAAAGAAGCCGGUUAUGGCUGCGACUCCCUCCAAGGCCGAGAAAGAGGCCGAUCUGGUCAUGGGGACCAACAAUAGCAGCAUUGUAUCCAAGCGCAGCGUCGAGAUGCUCUACUACCCCAAGCCUCACUUCUUCCGCUACUUCGUCAAAAAGCCCCAGCGACGGUCGCCCCUGAUCAAUCGCGGAUACUGGAUUCGUAUGCAUGCAAUGGCGGAGACUGUGCGGCAGUUCAUGAGGGAGCCCUCGGGGAAACCCAAGUUCGUCCUGAAUCUGGGAUGUGGAUUUGAUCCUCUACCGUUUAUCCUCCUCAGCGAAGACCGUGCCCUGUGUAGAGAUACGCGUUUCGUCGAUAUCGAUUACGAGAAGCUCAUGCUCAACAAGAAAGCUGCGGUCAAGAGGACCGACGAGAUUACUCAGGUUCUCGGGGAUGUAGAGUUUGGAUCGGACGAGAGUGCUGUCCAGAUUCGCAGUGAGCACUACCUAGGCAUUGGUUGCGAUCUGAAGAACCUCAAGAAGCUGGACGACGUGCUCAGAACGGAGGUCCUCCCGGCGGAGUGCUCGGUGCUUUUCCUUGCCGAGGUUUCUUUGACGUACAUGGAUGUCAAGUCUGCAAAUGCGGUCCUCGAAUGGGCGUCCAAGCUGAACCAGGAUGCCAAGUUCUGUAUCUUGGAGCAGUUCUUCCCCGACGGGCCCGAUCAUCCUUUCGCCUCGACCAUGAUGAAGCACUUCAAAAAGCUCGGAGCGCCGCUAUAUUCCAUCCACGAAUACCCUUCCUUGAACGAGCAAGAACAGCGUUUCAAGAACGCCGGGUGGCAACACGCACAUGCAAGAAAUCUUUGGGAUCUCUGGUCGGAUGACGGAUUCGUGAGCAGUUCGCUGCGGACCUCAUUGGAUGCAGUCGAACCCUUCGAUGAAUGGGAAGAGUUCGCGCUCUUUGCGUCUCAUUACUUCCUUCUUAUCGCUUCUACAACCCAGGAACCACUGACAAGCAGUGCAGAGACGCCAGAGCUGCCAGAAGGGCUGGACGUAUCUGAUCAAUUCAAACUGGCUGCAAAGUACCCUGCUGGAGGAGGCCAGCGGCGGUUCGGGGCUCUUAUUCCUGAUGGCGACAGCUCUCUCGGUUACCACGCUGGACUGGGCCGGCAGACGCGACUUGCCACAACGGACCUUUACACCAGUGAUAAAGAUGUUAUUGCUUCUACCUCGUCGUUCCCUUCACGCGAUGUGCCAGCCCGAAUGUGUCACACCAUAACGUCUCUUGCCUCCGGUGAUUGUUUGCUUGUUGGUGGCCGAGCUUCACCAGCCUCUGCACUCUCCGAUUGCUGGCUAAGACAGGCAAACGAGUGGCGUCCGACGCAAAGCCUCCCGGUUCCGCGCUUCAGACAUAGUGCGACCAGCGUGACCUUGGAGUCCGAUAAUGUCCUUGUCUAUGGAGGCAAGACAAGCGAUGGCACGACGCUCGAUACCUGGCUGUUAUGGAGCAGUAAUGGAGACGGGUGGCAACCGGUUGAGAUGGCUGGAAGCAACCCCAGGGCCCGAUUUGGCGCUUGCCUGGUAAGCAUGGACAAGACCUCAGGUUUCCUCUUUGGUGGCCUUGGAGCCGAUGGCGUCAUGUGUGAAGAUUUCUGGACAUGGACGUUGCACCAGCGAAGCAAUGGGCCGUACUGUCUGGAGUUGCACGACAGGACUGAAAAUCUACGGACAGCUUCACCUCUCUUCGGGUAUCUUAGCCGCUUCGGCGCCACUAUCAGCCGGACUGCAUAUGGGCUAAUCGUUGCUGGUGGCAUCAUCGCGCGGCAAAUAGUGCCGCUGGACAAGGAGAUCAUGCUCCUCGAUCCGACAGAGCUGACCAACUAUCUGACUAGCGGAACUCCAUCGCCGCCUAAUCGUGCCCUGCUGUCAGCCGUGGGCUUGGGGGCGGAAUUUGGUGGGCCCAGACCUUUGCUGGUCGGUCAUGCCUCUUGUGCUGUUGACCCAAACCAGGUUCUGGUGCUGGGUGGUGGCGCAGUUUGUUUCUCCUUCGGAACGUUUUGGACAGAAGGCACUUGGCUCCUGAAACGCGCCGAUGCAAGCGAUGCAAGCGAUGAGAACGAUUGGACGUUGAUCCCUGAAAUUGUGCAGACGCCAAACGUCGAGGCGCCGUCGGCCGAACCGUCCAAUGUGAGCCACCAAACCACCAAAGACAUCACACCGAUUCCUCGCGUGAAGAUCGAAACCGCUGCACAAUUCCAGCAGAUCCUAGCUGAUGGAAAACCAGUGAUAAUUGAGGGAUCCGACAUUGGCCCCUGUACUGAGCUUUGGACGAAAGAGUAUCUCGCGAAUGCCGUUGGCAGGGACCACAAGGUUGUUGUGCACGAGGCCCACUCGGAAAACAUGAGUUUCCAAGCCAAGAACUUUUCCUAUACAACCAAGGAAUUUGGCUCGUUCCUGGACGAGGUGCAUGCGGGUGGCCGUCAAUAUCUCCGAAGCAUCUCCGCUGAGCAGCCAACCAAGCUCCCUGCCAACCUGGCCGUAGAUUUUCCGAAUUUGAAAGACGACUUUCGCCUCCCAGAGCCCCUGUCUCUGGUUGUCGACAAUGCGCAUAGUUCCCCACUGAGGAUCUCAGGCCCCGUCACUUUGUGGCUGCACUACGAUGUGAUGGCGAACGUCCUGUGUCAGAUCCGUGGCGAGAAACGACUGAUUCUCUUCCCACCUGGUGAUGUACAAUACCUCCAGAUCCCUGCUGGGGCGUCGAGCUCUACCGUCAACAUCUUCCAGAACGCCGGGGAUGAUUCAAUUGCCUUGGUUCCACACACGUCGCCAUAUGAAGCAGUUAUGCGUCGUGGCGACAUUUUGUUCAUCCCCCCGUUGUGGUUACACACAGCAUCUCCGACCGGACAAGUCAGCGUUGCCGUGAAUGUUUUCUUUCGCAACUUGUCCAAGGGGUAUGCGGCCGGACGCGACGUCUACGGGAACCGUGAUCUGCAGGCCUAUGAGAAAGCGAGAAGCGAUGUCCAAAAAAUCGCGAAGUCUUUCGAUGGGAUUCCACCUGACAUGGCCCGUUUCUACUUGUUGAGACUUGCAAAGGAGUUGAGGGAUAAAGCCGAAGAAUAG